AAACGCUUGUUGGGGAAAUAAUUGGCAUUUUAUAUUUUGUUUUAUAUCUAUUUUUCGAGUUUUCAGAAAUUGAUUUUUUAGUCGUGUCUAAAAUUACAAACGAUAAUGAUGUCGUUGCGUGAGCGAUUUCUGUUGUUUUUAAUUGGCACUGUUGUGGUUUUCUGCUGCGAAGUGGCCUGGAGUACACCUUUACCUGCCACAACGCCAUUAGAUCCGGAGGAGUCGGCUGGCUUCGUUGAGGGUGAUAUGCUGUUGAGUGAUGCCCAGUUCCAACUUAUUAGGGGUUCAAAUAGACUGCAAGGACGAAAUGGUUUGGUAGAUGAGAGCAGACGGUGGCCCGACGGAAUUGUUUAUUAUAAAAUUGUGGGAGAUUUUGACCUGGCACAUCGCAAUGCAAUUUUGGAUGGCAUGGCCACUAUGGAAUCUCGCACCUGUGUUCGCUUUCGUGAAGCUGACAGCUCUCGAAAACACUAUGUCGCCAUAACAUCUCAGUCGGGUGGUUGUUUCACAGCUGUCGGCUAUCAGCGGAAAGUUCAGCAAAUGAAUUUGCAAAUAUUUCCCCUGGGAGAAGGUUGUUUCCGACGUGGCACAAUAUUACACGAAAUUAUGCAUGCUUUGGGUUUCUUUCACGAACAAAGUGAUUCACAGCGGGACGAUUUCAUUCGUGUGGUCUACGAGAAUAUAGUACCAGGAAAAGAAUUCAAUUUCGACAAGUACAGCAGUUCAGUGGUGACAGAUUUUGAUGUUGGCUAUGACUAUGACAGCUGUUUGCAUUAUCGUGCUGGGGCCUUUUCGCAGAAUGGGGAAGAUACAAUUGUGCCCCUGGACCCGAAGGCAAAAAUCGGACAACGUGUCAGUAUGAGCGAGAAGGAUGUGAAGAAAAUUAACAUUAUGUACAAGUGUCCAAUUAAGAUAUGAAUGAAUAUGGUAAUUUGAUUUGAAAUGAUAAUUUGAUUUGUAUACAAUUUUGUGAU